UUAACAGCAUAGACGAACGCUCGUCCAUUCGAAGGUGCGUCGCUGGGGUUCCUUUUGGGUAUUUUGGUUGUGAGUUUGUCUACCAGGAGAUAGGACAUCAUGUCUGACGCAGCGAUCAGCUUUUUGAAGGAUUUCUUGGCGGGUGGUGUGGCCGCUGCUAUCUCCAAGACCGCUGUGGCCCCCAUUGAGAGAGUCAAACUGUUAUUGCAGGUCCAGCAUGCCAGCAAACAGAUCACAGUCGAGAACCAGUACAAAGGUAUCGUCGACUGUGUAGUGAGAAUUCCCAAAGAGCAGGGCUUCAUAUCCUUCUGGAGAGGCAAUCUCGCCAAUGUCAUCAGAUACUUCCCCACACAAGCCCUCAACUUUGCCUUCAAGGACAAGUACAAGAAGGUCUUCCUUGGAGGAGUGGACCAGAAGACCCAGUUCUGGCGUUACUUUGCCGGCAAUCUGGCCUCUGGUGGUGCCGCCGGUGCCACUUCUCUGUGCUUCGUCUACCCUCUUGACUUCGCCAGAACAAGGCUUGCCGCAGAUAUCGGCAAGGGCUCAGCGGAGAGAGAGUUCUCUGGUCUUGGUAACUGCAUUGGCAAGAUCUACAAGUCUGAUGGUAUUAAGGGUCUUUACCUUGGCUUCAAUGUGUCCGUACAGGGUAUUAUUAUCUACAGAGCUGCAUACUUUGGUGUCUAUGAUACAGCAAAAGGUAUGCUGCCAGACCCCAAGAACACACAUAUUGUAAUCAGCUGGAUGAUUGCCCAGACAGUCACAGCUGCUGCCGGUAUUAUUUCAUAUCCCUUCGACACUGUCAGACGUCGUAUGAUGAUGCAGUCUGGACGCAAAGGAGCUGACAUUAUGUACAAGGGCACAAUCGACUGCUGGAAAAAGAUCGCCAAGGAUGAGGGUCCCAGCGCCUUCUUCAAAGGUGCCUGGUCCAAUGUGCUGAGAGGCAUGGGUGGCGCUUUUGUGCUGGUCCUGUAUGACGAGAUCAAAAAGUACACAUAAACUUUCUCAAUCCAUUGCAUCUAUCAAAACAAAGAAACCCAUUAGCGUCAUGUAGGUCUAAAUUGUCUAGAGUGAUACCAACCAGGGAGAAGUUGGGGAAGAGAGUACUUAGCCAAACUGGCCAAGGGGUGAAUUGUGGUCUUGUGACAGCACAUGGUUAGUGUUCCCUCCACCACUAUACUUGUAAAUAUAUUUAAGUCAACCCACUGCCCCUCAGUUUUUUAGUAUUGACUAAAAUGACUGGUAUUAAUUAUUUUAAUAAUUUUACCAUAAAUCCCUCUAAACUCUGAGAGUCUACAUGGUCUGCAGUUAAUGAACACAUUAACUCCCUGACUGAAUCAAGUGACUGUACACUGGAAAGUUGAAUGUUCUUGUGGUUUGUUCCACCUUAUGUGUUUGUUUAAUAAGAAUAAAACUAC